UUUUUUUUUUUAAUUAAACACUAUUGGGCGGCAGAGCAGGGGGGCUUCUGAUUUUUCUGGGUAACCAGACGUUUGGUUGCUUUCAAACGUUUCAACAAAAUCCUGGUUUGUUUGGAAAGAUGUUGGAUUAGCAUUUAACACAUCACCGGUCUCUAAAGCCCAGGCAGUACACCAGCCCCAACACAGCCUCGGCUAAAAGAACAUCAGAGCAAACAGAGCUGGACUUUAAAAACAGGCAAACAAAUGCCACACACCGACUAAAGGAGGGCGGGGGGGGGGGGGGGGAGCUCCAGAGAACUGGGAUCCAAAUAAGUUUUAAGGGAAUUUUUUCAGAAGUCAGUACGUUUUCCGAAAGCUAGCUCGAGAGCACGGGCGUCGCGAAGAAGGGCUUUUGUGCAUGCUAACUGCACCAUUUGUGCGCAAAAGUUCCGACCCGAAGUGUGAACUCUCAACAGAAGGAAACAUGAGACAACUGAAGUGCCCGGGUUUAUGUGCCUGCUCCUCCUCCACCGCCGCCUCCUCUUCUUUCUCCUUCCUCCCGCGGAGCCCGCAGUUGCAGCUUGUUUGCACUGGGGCUUAUCCGGAGCGGAAAUUCCUUUCCGUUUUUGUGAAUGACAAACUCAUUAACAAUUCAUCAACACAACCUGUUCCAGCCGGCCCGUCUCCACGGUAACAGCCCCUUCCGCAGCGCGCUCAUUGGCUGGCCGAGAGAAUGUAUCCAUUGAGACGCUUGCUGUUUGUAUCCAUUGAGGAGCUGCCUCGCGCUGGGGGUGUGCGAGUGUGGAGUCCUAGGGACUGCGAGCAAAUCAAGUCUUGAAUAAUCUCGGGAGAGAGACGCCCGGGUGGAUUUGAGCUCGAACCCCAUGAUAGAUACUCUCAGACCCGCGCCCUUCGCAUCGGAAAUGGCGAUCAGCAAGACAGUGGCGUGGCUUAACGAGCAGCUAGAGCUGGGCAACGAGCGGCUGCUCCUGAUGGACUGCCGGCCUCAGGAGCUGUACGAGUCGUCGCACAUCGAGUCGGCCAUCAACGUGGCCAUCCCCGGGAUCAUGCUGCGGCGCCUGCAGAAGGGCAACCUGCCGGUGCGCGCGCUCUUCACGCGCGGCGAGGACCGUGACCGCUUUACCAGGCGCUGCGGCACCGACACGGUGGUUCUGUACGACGAGAGCAGCAGCGACUGGAACGAGAACACCGGCGGCGAGUCGGUGCUCGGGCUGCUGCUGAAGAAGCUCAAGGACGAGGGCUGCCGGGCCUUCUACCUGGAAGGUGGCUUCAGUAAGUUCCAAGCCGAGUUCGCUUUGCACUGCGAGACCAAUCUAGAUGGCUCGUGUAGCAGCAGCUCGCCGCCGUUGCCAGUGCUGGGGCUCGGGGGCCUGCGGAUCAGCUCCGACUCUUCCUCCGACAUUGAGUCUGACCUUGACCGAGACCCCAACAGCGCUACGGACUCGGAUGGCAGCCCGCUGUCCAACAGCCAGCCUUCCUUCCCGGUGGAGAUCUUGCCCUUCCUUUACUUAGGCUGUGCCAAGGACUCUACCAACUUGGACGUGUUGGAAGAGUUCGGCAUUAAGUACAUCUUGAAUGUCACCCCCAAUUUGCCCAACCUCUUUGAGAACGCAGGAGAGUUCAAAUACAAACAAAUCCCCAUCUCGGAUCACUGGAGCCAAAACCUGUCCCAGUUUUUCCCCGAGGCCAUUUCUUUCAUAGAUGAAGCCCGGGGCAAAAACUGUGGUGUUUUGGUGCAUUGCUUGGCUGGCAUUAGCCGAUCAGUGACUGUAACUGUGGCUUACCUUAUGCAGAAGCUCAAUCUAUCCAUGAACGAUGCUUAUGACAUUGUCAAGAUGAAGAAAUCCAACAUCUCCCCUAACUUCAACUUCAUGGGCCAACUGCUAGACUUCGAGAGGACCCUGGGACUCAGCAGCCCCUGUGACAACCGGGUUCCAGCACAGCAGCUCUAUUUUACCACCCCGUCCAACCAGAACGUCUACCAAGUGGACUCCUUGCAAUCCACGUGAAAGACCCACACACCUCUCCUUGCUAGGAUGUGUCUGUUCCUUCAGCAGUUUCUCUUGGCAGCAUCAGCUGGGCUGCUUUCUUUGUGUGUGGCCCCAGGUGUCCAAAUGUCACCAGCUGUAUUAGACAAGGUUACCAGGUGUGGAAUUGGUUAUUACAGAGAGCUUUGCUCCAUUCUCUUUGGAAGAACAGGACAUGCUGUCUCUAGAUACAGACAGUAGGUUUGCUCUGUACCCAUGUGUGUAGCCUACCCAUGCAGGCACUGGAAUUCAAGGACUUCCAGGUAUACAGGGUAGUUCCCAAGUGGUAGGGUAGGAGCAUGUGUUCUUUAGGGCCUCAUGUGGCUAUUUCCUUUUACAUCUGGAACAAACUGUAAAUUGUCUUCAGUGAAGACUGAUUCAACUUUGCAUAUAGAGGAGCCAAAGAGAGAUUUCAGCUCUGAAUUUGUGGUAUCAGUUGGGAAAAAAGCCUCUGAUACUUCUUUUAAAUAUUGUAAAUAUUUGAUCUUAAAUCAUUAGACUGUUUGAAUUUUGUGUGUGUGUGUGUGUGUUUUUCUUUGAUUGGUUUAAAAGAAAUCCAAAGGGAGAAAGACCAGUGUGCCACUUUAAAAAAAAAUUUUUUUUUUUUUUUUGCUCUUUUCUAAUCCAAAGGCUCCCAUUUGCAGCAUGCUUGACUAUUGUACCAAUUCUGAUGACACUUUCAUGGACACUGUUAUCCACCAAGACCUUGUUAUGGUGCAGUCUUCAGUCUCUUUACUGUAUCUUCUUCAUGAUUGUUUUGCUCCUUGUAUAGUUUGACUAUGCCUUACCUUUGUAAAUAUUUUGGCUUGUAUUGUCUCAAAGGGGAUCUCUUGGAAAGACACCAAAAUCACAGGCUCACUCUUUUUCCCCUGUACUUCAGCUGUGCUAAACAGUGUAUUACCUCUGUACAAAAUCCUUCAGGGAGUGUCACCUCAAAUGCAAUACUUUAGGCCGGUUUCUUUCCUUUUAGAAGAUGUAUAAAACUGGAAGUGUGUGUGUGUGAGGAAGGGCACCCAUUUGAUAGGUGGAAUGCAUCUGAUUAUGAAGACAGGAAAGUCGCUCCAUUUAUGUUCGCAGUGUAAAAUUUUGAGCUGGAGUUUUAUUAUAAAAAUGUAAAACCUUAAAUUAUUAAUAAAUAACUAUUUUGGCUAUUGAA